UCUAAAACCAAACAAACUAUUGGAAAAAACAAUGCUUUUGAAACUCUUCAAUGAGUUUUUUUUUGUUCUUCAUAACAUGAAUGCCGAAUCUUAUUUAAGAGAAUGCACUGAAUCGAUACGAGGAUUCAUCCACCUCGUAUCUACGAUGCGAAGCCAUCACAGACUACUAGGAUCCUACUUAAAUUCCCUUAACAAAAUCAAAAUGAGCAAAACUUUGAAUCUGUUCACUCUGUCACCUCAUUUUCUUCAACCACAAGAUUCUCCAAACCUUAAGCAACGGAAAAUUGGUCGUGAAUUGGCCAAUUUGUUGCAGUUUCCGCGGCCAAAUGUUCCUACUUCUAAUUACUUUAAGAAAAUCCAUGCCCACAUUUUGGUUUUGGGUUUUCACCAACAUGAUGUCUUCCUUGUCAAUACUCUCUUGCAUUCAUAUUCAAAACUGAACCUUCUAAGUGAUGCACAGAAGCUGUUCGAUACUAUGUCUCAUAGGAAUCUGGUUACUUGGUCCUCCAUGGUUUCUAUGUACACUCAACAUGGUUACAGCGUAGAAGCAUUGGUUUUGUUCUGCCGGUUCAGGAGAAGUUGCACUGAGGAUCCAAAUGAGUACAUUUUAGCCAGUGUUAUCAAAGCUUGUACACAAUUGGGUAGUCUCGGUCAGGCUCUUCUGGUGCAUGGUUUAAUUGUUAAGGGUGGGUUUGUUCAGGAUGUUUAUGUGGGCACAUCUUUGAUUGAUUUUUAUGCCAAGCAUGGUUAUGUUGAUGAAGCAAGGUUGAUUUUUGAUGGCCUAAGAGUUAAAACCACUGUCACAUGGACUGCAAUUAUAGCAGGGUAUGCAAAAUUUGGAAGAAGUGAAGUAUCCUUGAAGCUAUUCCACCAAAUGAGAGAGGGUGAUGUUUAUCCAGACAGAUAUGUGAUUUCUAGCGUUUUAAGUGCUUGUUCGAUGCUCGAGUUUCUUGAAGGCGGGAGGCAAAUUCAUGGCUAUGUCUUAAGGAGGGGCUUUGACAUUGAUGUUUCAGUGGUCAAUGGAAUUAUAGAUUUUUAUUUGAAAUGUCACAAAGUGAAGACAGGUCGGAAGUUAUUCGAUCAACUGGUGGAUAAAGAUGUUGUUUCGUGGACCACGAUGAUUGCCGGAUGUAUGCAAAAUUCAUUCCAUGGGUAUGCCAUGGACCUGUUCGGUGAAAUGGUUAGAAAGGGAUUGAAGCCUGAUGCAUUUGGUUGCACUAGUGUUCUCAAUUCAUGUGGUACACUCCAGGCCGAACAAAAGGGAAGACAAGUGCAUGCUUAUGCUAUCAAGGUCAAUGUUGAUAAUGAUGAUUUUGUGAAAAAUGGUUUGAUUGACAUGUAUGCCAAAUGUGAUUCCUUGACUAAUGCUAGAAAAGUCUUCGACCUUGUGGCUGCUAUAAAUGUAGUAUCCUACAAUGCAAUGAUAGAAGGAUACUCGAGACACAGCAUGCUAGUUGAAGCAUUGGAUCUUUUUCACGAAAUGAGGCUAAGUUUAUCACCACCAACUCUCUUAACGUUCGUUAGCCUUCUUGGGCUAUCUGCAUCGUUAUUUCUCCUGAAACUCAGCUGCCAAAUCCAUGGCCUGAUUAUUAAAUAUGGGUCUUCUUUGGACAACUUUGCUGGAAGUGCUUUAAUAGAUGUUUAUUCAAAAUGCUCGUGUGUUGGGGAGGCACGACUAGUUUUCGAGGAGGUAUAUGACAAAGACAUUGUAGUAUGGAAUGCAAUGUUUUCUGGAUACAGCCAACAAUCGGAAAAUGAAGAGUCUCUCAAACUUUACAAAGAUCUACAGAUUUCCAGGCUAAAACCCAACGAAUUCACUUUUGCUGCCGUAAUCACAGCAGGAAGUAACUUAGCGAGUCUUCGACACGGCCAGCAGUUUCACAACCAAGUGAUAAAAAUGGGUCUUGAUGAUGACUCCUUUGUCAUAAAUUCCCUGGUGGAUAUGUAUGCCAAGUGUGGAAGCAUUGAAGAGGCUCACAAAACAUUCAGUUCUACAAAUCAAAGAGACAUUGCCUGUUGGAAUUCCAUGAUUUCAACAUAUGCCCAGCAUGGAGAGGCAACAAAAGCUCUUGAGGUGUUCGAACACAUGAUUAUGGACGGAGCAAAGCCAAAUUAUGUCACAUAUGUAGGUGUACUAUCAGCAUGUAGCCAUGCUGGACUUCUAGACCUUGGAUUUCACCACUUUGAAUCAAUGUCCCAGUUUGGAGUUGAACCAGGGAUUGAUCAUUAUGCUUGCAUGGUUUCUCUCUUGGGCCGGGCUGGUAAAAUAUAUGAAGCCAAGGAAUUUAUUGAGAAAAUGCCCAUCAAACCAGCAGCAGUAGUGUGGAGGAGCUUGCUCAGUGCAUGUAGAGUUUCAGGUCAUGUAGAACUGGGAAAAUAUGCAGCUGAGAUGGCAAUUUCGUGUGAUCCAUUAGAUAGUGGAUCAUAUAUAUUACUUUCAAAUAUUUUUGCAUCAAAAGGUAUGUGGACAAAGGUAAGAAGGGUGAGGGAGAAAAUGGACAUGAGCAAGGUAGUGAAAGAACCAGGUUGGAGUUGGAUUGAAGUGAAUAAUGAAGUUCACAGAUUCAUUGCUAGAGACACGGCCCAUCGUGACUCUACACUUAUAUCUUUAGUUUUAGACAAUUUGAUUCUUCAAAUCAAAGGGUUUGGUUAUGUGCCUAACACUGCCACAUUUUUUCUUGAUGAUUGAGAUUAAUCAAGCUGAUAAAUUUACAACUAAGCCAAGCCCUUUGAGUUGUUCAUCAACCGAAAGUGUGAACAUUGCUUGCAACUUCGUUAGCCAAGCUAUUUUCACCCUGAAGACAUUUUUUUACCGAGGU